AUUGAUCGCAGGGCGGGAGGCGCUAGGCCACCAGUCGUCCCUGGCCCCUGUGCGCGAGACCUCAUGCCCGCCGCUCUAAGGUUACACUAGUCGUCCCUGCACGCCCUGAGCCCCCUGCACGCCCACGCCGCCCGCACCGCCCUCGCCGCCCGCCCCAGCAGGGUAUUAUGGCCGAGUGAGGUAUGGUCAGCAUGUCUACAGAGCGCGUGGGUGUGAGGAAGAAGCCCGAGGUCAACAAUGGACAAGCCAAUACCGGCGCAGCGGCCCCUGUCGAGGAAACCCCCAACCACAUCGUGUAUAAGAAGAUGGAGAAGAUCGUGGAGCAAAUGCAGCAGGAGGAGACGGGCGUGCCUGUGCGGACCGUCAAGAGCUUCAUGACCAAGAUCCCGUCCGUGUUUACCGGCGCGGACCUCAUUAUCUGGAUGAUGCGGAACCUCGACGUGGAAGACCAGACCGAGGCCCUUCACCUGGCACACUUGAUAGCGGCUCACGGCUACUUCUUCCCCAUCGAUGACCACGUCCUCUCCGUGAAGAACGACUCUACCUUCUACAGAUUUCAGACUCCUUAUUUUUGGCCUUCCAACUGCUGGGAACCUGAAAACACGGAUUAUGCCGUGUACCUGUGUAAGCGCACCAUGCAGAACAAGGCGCGGUUGGAGCUGGCGGACUACGAGGCGGAGAAUUUGGCGCGGCUACAGAAGAUGUUCAGCCGGAAGUGGGAGUUCAUCUUCAUGCAGGCCGAGGCGCAGAGCAAAGUGGACAAGAAGAGAGACAAACUGGAGAGGAAGGUGUUAGACUCUCAGGAGCGGGCGUUCUGGGACGUUCACAGACCCAUGCCUGGCUGCGUCAACACCACCGAGAUCGACAUCAAGAAGGCGUGUCGGAUGAACAAGCCCAUGAAGUCCACCAAACACCUGGCCCUCGGCGUGGCAGGCGGCAGGAUAUCCCCCUCCGUGUCUGAGGCGGACCUGACCAGCCCCGUCGAGUCCCUCAAACACGACAUCGAUCUCCUCAAGACGCGGGUGGACCGGUGUAACUUCAAGGUGUCCAAAGCGGCGGAAUCGUUCAUUAGCUACUGGGAGCAGUACCAAGAGUAUGACCCCUACGUCACGCCCACGGAACCGCCCAACCCCUGGGUGUCUGACUGUCCUGAUUUCUGGGAAGCAGAGAAAAAUUUGAAAGAGAUCCCGGCCAAGCGGGUGCGACGGUGGGCCUUCAGUGUGCAGGAGCUCCUCAAGGAUCCACUGGGAAGGGAACAGUUUGUUAAGUUCCUUGAAAAGGAAUUUAGUGGAGAAAACCUAAUGUUCCUUACUGCGGUCCAGGAACUAAAGUGCCUCCCACAAAAGGACGUCCAUGACAAGGUCCAGGCCAUCUGGGACGAGUACCUCGCCCCCAACGCUCCGGUUCCAGUAAACAUCGACUCCAAGUCUAUGAAUGUCACAAAGAAGAACAUGCAGAACAGGGAUCGGUGGACCUUUGAUGCCGCAGCUGCACACCUCUACCACCUCAUGAAGUCAGACAGUUAUUCACGGUAUCUGCGUUCAGAAAUGUACAAAGAAUUCCUUAGUGGAGGCAGAAAGAAGACCUCAGUGAGGGGAAUCAGAUCAAUAGUACACUUCAGCAAAGGAAAGGAUGCUCCCCCACCAUCCUAGUAGUGACUGGAGAAGUACACUGCAUGCCUUCUAACUCCCCCACCUGACUGGUAAGUCCUUUAUGAUACCCAAGCUGUCAACACUCAACAUUGGGACUAACAGUUAGCCACAUCACACCAUGAGAGUAUGGGUGGUGGUUGUGUCAAGAGCUGUGUGGUCCCUAGUUCUUGGGUUAGAGAGGAUGCUCUCCUGUAACAAGGAUGGAGAUAUGUCAGGGGAAGGUAUACACCACUUGUACUGCCCAAGGAAAGACAACACUCCUCCUGCCGCCUGUGGGACCUGCAGGCUGCUAUUACCGUGGUGUCUCCCUUUUGUCUCUUCACCCAGGCAGGAAUACAUGUGGCUGUCUUAACAUGUUUCCUUGUAUGAGCAGGUGAAAAUUAACAUUUGGCAACCUAUAUACAAAUGUGGGCACAUAUUUUCGAAGGCACAUUGCCGUAAUUCAACAUUACCAUCACCAGGGCUGCCACAGUGUGAGUGCUUGGCUGACCAUAUCAUUGUUACGUAUGGUGUGUGUGGCUGGACGGCGACACAAGGAAGGUCAGGCAGGCACGUGGGUAUCUUCCCCAUCAUUAUACGUAUAUUCAGUUUCCCGUGAUAGAUGCAGCAUCGAGUGACAUUGUUGUAGAAAAUCCUCGUGGUUAUCCUGUUUUCUGCCGGACACAAGCUGUGUCUCCCAAGCAUUAACUGUACUUGUGAGCAUCCAAUAGUGAAGCUCUUCAAUAAUUUAGUCAGUCUAGAUACAGAAAUUAUCAAAAUUCUAAAUCUAAGCUACUUCUCAUAACAGUUCUCAGAAUAUUUGAUCUGCUGGAAUUUGAAAGAUUUUCAGCCAGUAAAAGCUGUAACAUUUGUAAGAUCAGUAGAAGAUCAAUGCCAAAUUAGUGUCAAAAUUUUCUAGGAAUGGCAUUGCAAAGUACAUGGUAAUAAUGUCUUUCAUUAGUGUUGAUUUUGUUAAAGAUACAUGACGUAUCUUUAUUGUGAUGACUGAUGAUGAAAUUGUACAUGUGACCAAUUGCAAUGCCCUCAAUAUAUUGUAACUCUGUGUACCGUUUUGUUGAUAAUCAUGACAGAUCACCACGCCUAUGUCGGUAUGAUGUGGUUAAAGCCUCUGUGUAGUGCAGUGUGCUCCUGACAUUACAGUCUGUAUCAUAGCCACAGCACUCCUCACUGCAUGAUGAAAGAAACUUCAUCUUCCUACAGUUCAGGCAUGAGUGUCUAGUAUUGGCACCUCUGCCCUCACAGUGGUGUUGGUAAGGCAGGACUGAGGAGUCUCAUGUGUGCAUUCUCCUUAUGUCCACUUUUCUCUUCUCUUUUAGUAUCUCAGAACAAGUAUUACUUUGUGCCAAUCAUGUGAACUUGACAGCACUAAUGCUGCAACUGUUCCCAUUGGUUGCUGCCUCAGUGUCGGCCAGUCGCUGGAUGUUUUAGUGAUUACGUAAAUGCCAGCAGCACUUCUGUUUGUCAUAAACAUAAUUCAGUAUAUGCAUGCAUAUAUACAGAUGUAUACUUUUAUACAUACAUGCAUGCAUGCACAAGAUAAAUACAUGCAUGAAGAUUGUUUUGUUGUGGGCAACACAUUGCUGCUCACCUUUAGGAGGUGGAUAUAUUGUGCAGAGUAAAGUAUUCAUGUGUGAGUGACAAACAUGUCUGGACCACUGAGAGUCAGUGAGAAGAGCUGCACACACACCACCUCAUCUAGCUAAGACUGUGUUCUGCCACGCCCUCUGAGGUCCCACAUACACACCUGCAAUGCCUUACCCCACACUGUGACAGAUGAACGCCUGAGCACAACCUGCACAGCGGCCAUAGUGAACGGUAUCUGAAACUUUUGUUUGAGGGUGUUAUUGAUGCUGCUGGUCAUACACCUAUUUUUAUAGUAAGGAAUGUGAGAUCUGUGUAUUGUGAUUAUAUUGUCAUCACAAAGAUUCUCAGUGCCAGAGUUACAGUAUAUGAAGGGUAUGCUGUGAGUAUUUAAACCAUUAUAUCUUGAAGCUACCAAUCAGGGAGAUGAUUUCAGGAUGCACACUUACCUGUACUUUAGUUCCCAGUCUUCUGUAGGCAUGGAAAGAGUGUUCUAAAUUGACUUGGAUAUCUAAAACUAAUUAGGGCUGAAAGACUAUACCUAAAAUGGCCAUAUUGGAAAUCAUAAUUAAAUCAUCAUGAAAAUUCUCACUACUGGAAGGUGCUACAAUAUUGCAUUUACUUGCAUGCAUAUCACUUGUGUGUCAAAGGAAUCAUCAGGAUGAUUAAUCAGAAUCUCAGUAUAAUCUUGGACAGUGUGGUCAAUUGCCUGAGUGGAUGGCAGUCAGGAAGGAAAGUUGCAAGGGGACUUGCAUGACAGUUGACAGUGAAUGUCAAUAUAUUUACAAUGCUGUAAUUUAUUGACUAAUAAGCCAUUGACAACACAAUAAGUAUUAUGAAUCACUCAUAGGUGAGGGUAAUUUAUGAUAUUGUCACUAAUGAAAGACAGAAACAUGUAAUUGCUGGCACAAAGAGUCUAGCAAUAUAUCACAGCGUCACCGGCAAGACUGGCUCCUCGGGCUGUGUGGUGUGGCAGUGGUGGCAGCAGCAGCAGGAGAGGGAGGAGGCUGGUCUGGUCCAGUGGUCAGUUAGGAGUCUCUUUGCCAGUCACAACAACCUUAUUUCAUUUUCUUUGAGCGGACCAAUUUUAUUAUAGAUUUUUAAUAUUGGGGCUGUAAGGUGGACUGUGGCAGGAUUUCUCAAUGUUCUGUAAUAUUAUUUGUCAUGAUACAUUACCUUAACCUGUCAUCCACAUCACACCUCAGAGACCUUUCUACUUUUAUAGUUUUAUUUAAGAAUCCUGACUGCCCUGUGCAUUGAUGGUCUGCCUUGCAGCUCUUGUAGUGUUCAAUGUUUUGCAAAUAUUUCUGCAGUGACAAACCAUCAGUUCAGAAUGCUACUUUACAGGGUAUAAAGUAACAAGGUAAUGGUAAGCACAACUGUUCAUUUGUUUAUUAAUUCAUACUGCAAAUGAUAGAAACAAUAAACAAACUAAAUUCUGGUGCUCUAAAAACUAUGGUAUAAUUAAAUGACUAUCAAGAAAAGAUAAAAUCUUGAUCAGACAUCAGGAACAAGCCAUCUUCAUGCAGUUCUUGAAGUCUUUCUAUAGUGUUUCUUGUAUGGAAAUCUAUUAUUGUAGAUAUUAGAAUCUUAUAUAUAUUUUCUUUUAGCUGUAUGUCUCAAGACUGAAUUAGAGAUUCCAUCCAAUAAUACUCAAGUUCUGAAUUUAGGGAACACCAAAACUGUAUAACCAACAUAGAGGAGUGUAAUUCUAACUGUUAUGUUAGGUUAUUCUUACAUUAGAUGUUUGUAAUUUUUUCUGGAUACCCUAAGUUCUCACUGUUAUGGGUGGUCAUUUUGGUGUGAAUCUUAUUAACUACAAAACCAACUUCUUAUAUAUUUAUUAUCUAAACUGAGGUCACACAUUGCUUCUAUUUUGGAUCACAAGGCAUUUGUUUAUAUGUAAAGUUGCCUUAAGUUGUUAUUUCAUCCCAUUGUGCCUCAUGCAUAUAAGCACCACCACGCCAUCGCUUUUUCUGUUUUUAGACCACUUGUUUAUUGCACAAGUCAACAUCUACAUAUCAUGUAAUUGAGGGGAAGGUUCACAACAUUGAACCAUUAAUAUCUGCAUAGAGGAAGCUACAGAGUAAGCCUCAGGUUGCUCCUACCUUGAUGUGGUACCCAGCCAGAGUCAGGCAUGCCUCCUGCAGUAGAAUCCUAGAAUAAAGGUAAAGUUUUGAAUCAGUAAAUGUAAAUGGAAUCAAAGAGGAGUACAUAGCUAUGGGUUCUUUAAAUUGGAGGUGUGUGAUGUACUCUAAAAUCAGUAAAGUACAAUUUUGGGUCCAUCUAGCAAGUGGAAUGUCAAUAUAGCCAUUCAAUCAAUUUAUUUUUCUUCAAUAACUAACAUCAUACAAAAGUAAAUGUUAUACAUAAAGUGGCUUUUGGGUAUAGGUGGGGGAAGAAAAGUAAGUAGAUUUGCUGCCAAGAGUUUGGAAUGCUCUGAAAAGGGCUUGGAACCUCUGCUGCACCAAGACUGCAACCAUGUCACAUGCAACACAUUAGGAUGAAAUGGGUGGAACUGAUUUUUUAAGGCAACUGUACUUUUCAAGUUUGUGUUUAUUAUUACUGUAACUUGGUUGCUCUUCCACAACUUUUAUUAUUUCACUGAUUCACAUACAAAUAGUAUGUGGAAUUUUCACUCAAUCAUUUUCGGUCAUUAGUUUCUCUGUUCGGACAUAAUUUGCGGGUGUUGAGGUAGUGGGUUCUAUCUGUGUUGCAUAAUUUAUCACCACAUAGAGGCUGUUUUGUGGGCUAGUUUAUAACCUGAUAGUGUAUGAGGAGGCGGAGGUGGCAGUGAUCUUUUUGGGGUAUAUCAUGUACUGUGAUUCUCUUUUUAAAAUAGCCAGAAAUGUUGUGUCUGUAAAUAUUUUCUAUAUUAGUUAUAUAUACUUUCAAACAUUCUAAGAAGAAUCACUAUAUUUUUUCUAAUUGUGUGGAAAUGUGCAAUAAUCACAAAAAAAUAUUGUGAAAUCACCCAAAAGUAUCUCAACCAAGAGGAGGUAUUUUUACUGUGUAUUGAAGUCAAGUUUUUGAAUAAUAUGAAAGUUUAUCUUGGGUAGCUUCUGUACACAGUGUGUAGCUUCUGUACACAGUGUGAAGCAAAGUACAGAACAGUACUGCCAGAGUUUGCAAGGGUGGCUGUAAGCUGCAGGUCUUAUAUUUUCAUCAUGGGUAUGUGAGGACCUCCAAGAUGCCAGCUUUACCUGUCUGUCUCCCAAGCAGCUGACCUAACUUGAUCAGCAGUCUGGGCAUAGAUGUUUAGUACUUAUUUUGAAAAAUCUAUACUUUAAACUGUUCAACUUUUAUAUGGUAUAUGGAAAUGGAUUCAGUAGUGAAUAUGAAGCAUAAUAACCAUGCAGUCACAAGACAAAGGUGGUGAAUAGUUGAUAUAGUGUGGAAAACUCAGAAAUAUUUGCAAACCAUUUGUCCCUCUUGUGUAGAUAGGCAGUAAAAAAAGUCAUUCAUAUAGAUUAUAAAAUCAUGGGAAAAUGAGGCUUUCCAGAAAUAACUCAAAUUAACAUGUAUGUCAGUUUGGCAAAAUUAUUGAUCUAUGCAGCUCAUUUUCUCAUACUUGCUUACAGUCUGUGAGGGGAAGAGCCGUCAGUGUGCUGAACGGUGUGACUUUGUUCAGUCAUGAGUGAAGUCAUGGCGGAGCAGCUGACAGCUCUGUCCCCUCACGGCCGACAGUUGACCCGUCAUCGAUGCCAAACCUACUCUUGUCAUAAUAGAUUUAUUUUAAGUUUGUAGGAAGUGAACACCAGGGGAAAAUAUAUAUAUAUAUAUAUAUAUAUAUAUAUAUAUAUAUAUAUAUAUAUAUAUAUAUAUAUAUAUAUAUAUAUAUAUAUAUAUAUAUAUAUAUAUAUAUAUAUAAUUUGAUUAGAAAAUUACUUCUAGUGCAGUUUAAGGCAAUAUAUGAUUUCAAAUACUUGUUUCCUCAUGGUUAAUUACUAUAUGAGUAUGCUUUGUUUAUUGUAUUUUGAAUUAAUAAAUUAUUAGUCUCAUUUAUAAAUGACAAAGUUGUUCUCUAUAAGAAUCAAACUUAUAAUAGCAUUUUUAUAAUAAAACAAUUGCUUUUAUGUGGCCUAAAUAGUACUCCACCAGCAGAUCACAACACAUUGCUCAGGAACACUUGACCUAGACACACCAUGGGUUGUUAUAAAGUUGGGUUUUAGAUGUUACAGCAAAAUGACUGAGGCUGCAGCCAUCCAGACAGGUAGGAGGGGAAAGCGGUGAUGAUUCAGACAGUGGGAAGGGCCAGACAUCGCAUUUAUUGUAAAACAUAUGGGAGACGGAGUGCUGCGAGAUUUUGUGUGAAUGUGCAAAACUUUGUUGCCUUGUUCCACACCAGACAACCACGCCCUCAGAGGUGUUCUCUUUGAUGCAAGUCAGUUUUUUUUUUUUUUUUUUUUUUUUUUUUUUUUUUUUUUUCCUAUGUAAUAUUUUUAAGGUGUAUCGUAAGCUCUCUCCAUGAAACUGGCAAGUAGCGAAAUGUCCAUUGUUACGGUGAAGCAGUGAUGCAUGGCGAAGGUAUUGCCGUAGAACACGGAACACCCACCUCUUGUGGUGAAAGUGGAGUAAUGUGACACCCAUUUAUUUUUUAUAGUCGUGAUGAUUCGAACAGUUGAUUUUUUUAAUGAUUUUUAUUCAUUUUAUAUCAGUUUAAAUGCUUCAGGUGUUGCAACAAUUAUAAAAAGGUCAAGUUUGUUCAUUCAUAUUCAGAUAUUAUAAUUGUGAGAAAAUUCUUGAGAUAUUUCUUAUUUCUCAUUUUUAUAUAUUUUUCUUAUACAUACCUAAAUAUUGAAGGGAUGCGUUUGUGCUUAUACAAAUGUCUUGUAAUUAAUAUUUUAUUGUUUAUUAGCCAAUCAAACUUACGUUAUAUUAAGAUUAUGCCGAGUAAUGCAAAUGUCUGUACCAUCCAACCUCCCUGGCUGAACCAUCACCAUGAGUGGGGAUGGUUCAGAUGAUUUAAAAACUUGUGUUUCAUCACCUACUGCUGAAAACUGGAAAUAGCUACAAAAUUACACUACCUCUUCAAUUUAAAAAAAAAAAAAAAUUAAAAA